AGGUCACCAUUCUAUCUCAAGGGUCGUCUUCAUCUCAGUAUUUCAGGAAGUGGUUGAAAAGUUGCCCAGGUGAAAGAUGGGUGAUGCUGCCAUGAAAGAAUUUGGGGCAGCCGCCCCGUACCUGAGGAAGUCAGACAGGGAGCGUCUGGAGGCCCAGACCCGUCCGUUUGACAUGAAGAAGGAGUGUUUUGUUCCUGACCCCGAUGAGGAAUACGUUAAGGCUUCCAUCGUAAGUCGUGACGGUGAUAAAGUCACUGCUCAGACAGAGAAAGGGAAGACUGUCACAGUGAAGGAGUGUGACGUACAUCCUCAGAACCCGCCAAAGUUUGAUAAAAUUGAAGACAUGGCGAUGUUCACCUUCCUCCAUGAGCCAGCUGUGCUGUUUAACCUCAAAGAGCGUUACGCAGCGUGGAUGAUCUACACCUACUCUGGGCUGUUCUGUGUGACUGUCAACCCCUACAAGUGGCUGCCAGUCUACAACCAAGAGGUGGUUGUUGCCUACAGGGGCAAGAAGAGGAGUGAAGCUCCUCCUCACAUCUUCUCCAUCUCUGACAAUGCCUACCAGUACAUGCUGACAGACAGAGAAAAUCAAUCCAUUCUCAUCACUGGAGAAUCUGGUGCUGGGAAAACUGUCAACACCAAGAGAGUCAUUCAGUACUUUGCCAGCAUUGCAGCUGGAGGUGGGAAAAAGGACACAGGUUCUGAGAAAAAGGGUACAUUGGAGGAUCAAAUCAUCCAAUGCAACCCGGCAUUAGAGGCCUUUGGGAAUGCAAAAACCAUCAGAAAUGAUAACUCUUCCAGAUUUGGAAAAUUUAUCCGUAUUCAUUUUGCAGCCAGUGGAAAGCUGGCUUCAGCUGAUAUUGAGACAUAUCUGCUAGAGAAGUCCAGAGUAACUUUUCAGCUUAAGGCUGAGAGAGAUUACCACAUCUUCUAUCAAAUUCUGUCUCAGAAGAAGCCUGAGCUCCUUGAAAUGCUACUCAUUACAAACAACCCCUAUGACUACGCCUUCAUCUCCCAAGGAGAGACGACGGUAGCCUCCAUCAAUGAUGCAGAAGAGCUGAUAGCAACUGAUGAGGCCUUUGAUGUAUUGGGCUUCACUCAAGAAGAGAAGAACGGCAUUUACAAACUGACUGGUGCCAUCAUGCACUUUGGUAACAUGAAGUUUAAGAACAAGCAGCGUGAAGAACAGGCUGAGGCAGAUGGCACUGAAGAUGCUGACAAAGUUGCAUAUCUGAUGGGCCUGAACUCUGCUGACCUCAUCAAAGGCCUCUGCCACCCCAGAGUGAAAGUGGGGAAUGAGUGGGUCACCAAGGGACAAAAUGUUCAACAGGUGUAUUAUGCGGUUGGAGCUCUGGCUAAAGCAGUGUAUGAGAAGAUGUUCCUGUGGAUGGUGGUGAGAAUCAAUCAUUCACUUGACACCAAGCAGCCUCGCCAGUAUUUCAUUGGAGUGCUGGACAUUGCCGGAUUUGAGAUCUUUGAUUUCAACACCUUUGAGCAGCUGUGCAUCAACUUCACCAAUGAAAAACUGCAACAGUUUUUCAACCACCACAUGUUUGUGCUGGAGCAGGAAGAAUACAAGAAAGAGGGGAUUGAAUGGACUUUCAUUGACUUUGGCAUGGAUCUGCAGGCCUGUAUUGACCUGAUUGAAAAGCCCAUGGGUAUCAUGUCCAUCCUCGAAGAGGAGUGCAUGUUUCCCAAAGCCUCUGAUGCUACAUUUAAAGCUAAGCUUUAUGACAAUCAUCUCGGAAAAUCAAACAACUUCCAGAAGCCUAGAGUUGUUAAAGGCAAACCAGAGGCCCAUUUUGCCCUGGUCCACUAUGCUGGAACUGUUGAUUAUAACAUCAACAACUGGCUGGUGAAGAACAAAGAUCCUCUGAAUGAGACCGUUGUUGGUCUUUACCAGAAGUCUACAGUCAAGCUGCUUGGUAUUCUGUUUGCAAAUUAUGCAGGAGCUGAUUCAGCUGAAAGUGGGAAAGGUGGCAAAGGAGGAGGAGGCAAGAAAAAGGGAUCAUCCUUUCAAACUGUAUCUGCCCUUCACAGGGAGAACCUAAAUAAGUUGAUGACCAACCUAAGGUCUACCCACCCCCACUUUGUGCGCUGCAUCAUCCCCAACGAGACCAAGACUCCUGGGGCAAUGGAGAAUCCUCUGGUGAUGCACCAGCUGCGCUGUAACGGUGUGCUGGAAGGCAUCAGGAUCUGUAGGAAAGGCUUCCCUAACAGAAUCCUCUAUGGAGACUUCAAGCAGAGAUAUCGUAUCUUGAAUCCUGCUGCCAUUCCUGAGGGACAGUUCAUUGACAGCAGAAAGGGAGCCGAAAAACUUCUUGGAUCUCUUGAUAUUGAUCACAACCAGUACAAGUUUGGGCACACUAAGGUGUUCUUUAAAGCUGGUCUUCUUGGUCAACUGGAGGAGAUGAGAGAUGAUCGCUUGUCACUCAUUAUCACUGGAAUCCAGGCGAGAUCUAGAGGUUUACUUGCAAGAGUUGAAUUCCAGAAGAUUGUUGAAAGAAGGGAUUCACUACUCGUAAUCCAGUGGAACAUCCGUGCCUUCAUGGGGGUCAAGAAUUGGCCCUGGAUGAAGUUGUACUUUAAGAUCAAACCUCUCCUGAGAUCUGCUGAAGCAGAAAAGGAGAUGGCCAACAUGAAGGAAGAAUUCCUGAAACUGAAGGAGGCCUAUGCAAAAUCUGAAGCUCGCAGAAAAGAGCUGGAGGAGAAAACUGUCUCUCUUCUCCAGGAGAAAAAUGACCUGCAGCUCCAAGUCCACGCUGAGCAAGAUAAUCUUGCUGAUGCAGAGGAGAGGUGUGAGGGGCUAAUCAAACACAAAAUUCAAAUGGAAGCAAAAGCCAAAGAGCUUUCUGAGAGACUGGAGGAUGAAGAAGAAAUAAAUGCUGAACUGACUGCUAAGAAGAGGAAGCUGGAGGAUGAAUGCUCUGAGUUGAAGAAGGAUAUUGAUGACUUGGAGCUAACUCUGGCAAAAGUGGAGAAAGAGAAGCACGCUACUGAGAACAAGGUGAAAAACCUUGUUGAAGAGAUGGCUGCUUUGGACGAAAUCAUCGCCAAGCUCACAAAGGAGAAAAAAGCUUUACAAGAAGCUCAUCAACAAACCCUGGAUGACCUGCAGAGUGAAGAAGACAAAGUCAACACUCUGACCAAGGCCAAGACGAAGCUGGAGCAGCAAGUGGACGAUCUUGAGGGAUCUCUUGAGCAAGAGAAGAAGAUUAGAUUGGACCUUGAGAGAGCAAAAAGAAAGCUGGAGGGAGACUUAAAGUUGACCCAGGAAAGUUUAAUGGACGUUGAGAAUGACAAGCAACAACUUGAAGAGCGUCUCAAAAAGAAAGACUUUGAACUGAGUCAACUGAAUAACAAAAUUGAGGAUGAGCAAGCUAUUGCCAUUCAGCUUCAGAAGAAACUGAAAGAACUUCAAGCCCGUAUUGAAGAACUGGAGGAAGAGCUUGAAGCCGAACGAGCUGCUCGAGCCAAGGUGGAGAAGCAGAGAGCAGACUUGGCAAGAGAGUUAGAGGAGAUCAGUGAGAGACUGGAGGAGGCUGGAGGAGCCACAGCGGCCCAGAUAGAGAUGAACAAGAAGAGGGAGGCCGAGUUUCAGAAACUCCGCAGAGACCUCGAAGAGGCCACCCUGCACCAUGAAGCCACCACUGCCACACUCAGGAAGAAACAAGCCGACACUGUUGCUGACCUGGGAGAGCAGAUCGACAACCUGCAGAGAGUCAAGCAGAAGCUGGAGAAGGAGAAGAGUGAGCUUAAACUGGAGCUGGAUGAUGUUGUGUCCAACAUGGAGCACAUUCUGAAGACCAAGAUCAAUCUUGAGAAAACGUGCAGAACUCUUGAAGAUCAAAUGAACGAAUACAAAACCAAGUUUGAAGAGGCGCAACGCUGCAUUAAUGACUUCAACAUGCAAAAAGCAAAACUUCAAACAGAAAAUGGUGAACUCUCUAGGCAGCUGGAGGAGAAGGAUUCAUUCGUGUCUCAGCUGACAAGAGGAAAAAUGUCCUACACUCAACAGAUCGAAGAUCUGAAGAGACAGCUUGAAGAGGAGACAAAGGCCAAGAAUGCACUAGCCCAUGCGGUGCAGUCUGCUCGUCAUGACUGUGACCUCCUCAGGGAGCAGUACGAGGAGGAGCAGGAAGCCAAGGCUGAACUUCAGCGCAGCAUGUCCAAGGCCAACUCUGAGGUGGCUCAGUGGAGAACCAAGUACGAAACUGAUGCCAUCCAGAGAACUGAAGAACUGGAGGAAGCUAAGAAGAAGCUGGCUCAGCGUCUGCAGGAGGCUGAGGAGGCUGUUGAAGCAGUGAAUGCUAAAUGCUCCUCUCUGGAGAAGACCAAACACAGGCUGCAGAAUGAGAUUGAAGAUCUCAUGGUGGAUGUGGAGAGGUCUAAUGCUGCUGCUGCUGCUCUGGACAAGAAGCAAAGGAACUUUGACAAAGUCUUGUCUGAGUGGAAGCAGAAAUAUGAAGAGUCUCAGUGUGAGCUGGAGAGUUCUCAGAAAGAAGCAAGAGCUUUGAGCACUGAACUCUUCAAACUUAAAAACUCCUAUGAAGAGUCUCUGGACCAUCUGGAGACCAUGAAGAGGGAGAACAAAAAUCUGCAGGAGGAAAUUUCUGACCUCACUGAGCAACUUGGUGAGAGUGGAAAAAAUAUCCAUGAGCUGGAAAAGCUUCGAAAACAGCUGGAACAAGAAAAGAGUGAGAUUCAGUCUGCUCUUGAAGAAGCGGAGGCUUCCUUAGAACACGAAGAGGGCAAGAUUUUACGAGCCCAAUUGGAAUUCAACCAAAUCAAAGCUGAUAUUGAACGCAAACUGGCUGAGAAAGAUGAGGAAAUGGAGCAGUGCAAGAGGAACCUGCAGAGGACAAUCGACACCCUGCAGAGUUCUCUUGAGGCCGAGUGCCGCAGCAGGAAUGAAGCCCUUCGUCUGAAAAAGAAGAUGGAGGGAGACCUCAACGAGAUGGAGAUCCAGCUUAGCCAAGCCAACAGGCAGGCGGCUGAGUCCCAGAAACAACUCAAGUCGGUUCAUGCACAUCUGAAGGAUUGCCAAAUUCAGCUGGAUGAGUCGGUUCGGGCUAACGAUGAUUUUAAAGAGAACAUGGCCAUUGUUGAAAGACGCAACAACCUGCUUCAGGCAGAGCUGGAGGAACUGAGGGGCGCUUUAGAGCAAACCGAACGAAGCCGCAAACUUGCUGAGCAAGAGCUGCUGGAUGUUAGUGAGCGGGUGCAGCUACUGCACUCACAGAACACCAGCCUGAUAAACCAGAAGAAGAAGCUGGAGGGUGACACAGUCCAGCUUCAAUCUGAAGUGGAGGAUGCACUGCAGGAAUGCAGAAAUGCUGAAGAGAAGGCCAAGAAGGCCAUCACUGAUGCUGCCAUGAUGGCAGAGGAGCUGAAGAAAGAGCAGGACACCAGCGCUCACCUGGAGCGCAUGAAGAAGAACAUGGAGCAGACCAUCAAAGAUCUGCAGCACCGUCUGGAUGAAGCUGAACAGAUCGCCAUGAAGGGAGGCAAGAAGCAGAUCCAGAAGCUUGAGUCAAGGGUGAGGGAGCUUGAGAACGAAGUCGAGUCAGAGCAGAAGAAAAGUGGAGAAGCAGUAAAAGGAAUGCGCAAAUAUGAGAGACGCAUCAAGGAGCUCACAUACCAGACUGAGGAGGACCGCAAGAAUGUUGCACGUCUGCAGGAUCUGGUUGACAAACUGCAGCUUAAAGUGAAGGCAUAUAAAAGAGCUGCUGAGGAAUCUGAGGAGCAAGCCAACACUCACAUGAGCAAGUUCCGAAAGCUGCAACAUGAGCUCGACGAGGCUGAAGAGAGAGCUGACAUUGCUGAGUCUCAGGUCAACAAGCUCCGUGCCAAGAGCCGUGAUGUGGGGUCAAAGGUCAGAGAUUCCAUCAGAUUUGAACACGAAAAAUAAUUCAAUUUUUGUUUAUUUUCCUGAAUGCUGUGUUUCUAGCUACUGCAGUUUCAAUACUAAGAAUAAGAACAAGUAGAAAAGUGAUAUUUAUCAAGGUGGCCAAGUUUUAAUUAUAGUGAUAGAGUGAGCCUGUUAAUGAGUUUGUAAAAAGAAUCAAACGAAAUAAAUCAGACCAGUCUGUUUUACAGAUAUAUUUUAUUCUGUGAUUUUCUUGUUUAAUGAGCCGUGUUAGUGAAUUUAUCUGGCUAUUUGUAACACUUCAAGGAAGAUAAUGUUUAUAUUGAACCUAUGGUAGAAGUAAGUACUUGUGCUUUUUCCUUCUCCAUGUAUUUCAUAACAGGAGCAAGCAUGGGCCAUUAAAAGCUGAACUCACAUAAAAAAUAUUGUUUUUCUCUAAGUGUUUUUGACAAUAAAUCAGAUUCAAGUGUUCCUGUUUUAGAUCAGUUAUGUUUAUCAGAACUAUUUCUAUCAGCUAAAUGCCAAAAUAAUAAAACACAUAUAUGCCUUUUUUUUUCUUCAGAAUCUUAUUUCCUUUAAAAUCCAAAGUUUAAAUAAACAUCCUUUAUUUGGUGGGACUGGUUUUAAACUCUUCAUUUUGGGUAGACCUGCCUUCUUUUUGAACAACAUGAAGGAUGAACAUUAGAAAGUGUUUAUAUUUACAUGUAAUCCUUUGAAUAAAUGAAUACAGGCAUCUGGAAAUUAUACACAGGACUAAACCACACUUGUGGGUAUAUUACAUAAUGUUGCUACAGAUUUUUUUGGAUGAUUUGGAUAAACAAAAUGUUGUGAACUAACCAAUUAAAACCUCACAAGGCCAUCUGGACACCUCUGCUUUCCUAAUGUUUAAAUGCACACUAAACUUGUUGCAUGUAAAGCUUUGAU